ACCUUUUUUCCUUCCUUGCAGGGCACCAUUCGAAGGAUCAUUAUUGAGAAUCCGGAUCAGGAGCCAUUAUCCCCUUUCCUUAGAGGGGCCAGUUUCAGUCCUGGAAAUAAUGUCAUCUAUGAAAAAACAAUAAGGAAAUAUGAGCUGUUAAAUCCCCUCCAAGAGAAGCAGUUCCAGCUGUGCCAGCCRGAGCCGUGCUCGCCGUGCCCGCCCGCCCCGGUGUCCCAGCGCUGCCAGCAGACCCAGACCGGCAGCGUUUGUGAGCUGUGCCCGGGCCCGAGCAGUGAUGAUGGCAGGGGACACACGGCCAGGAGGGGCACGGGCCCCGCAGAGCUGGGGAGCUGCCCCCAGGACAGCCCUGAGCAGUUGGACUGUCGCUUCUUCGGGGAGCUGCUGGCGGAGCUGCACCGCAAGAGCAACGACCUGUACAGCUGCUUGCUGCAGCAUGUGGAGAAGAUCGGCACAAGGAACCAYGACAUCGAAUUCACGUGCCAGACUGAAGAUAUUGAAGAAUUAAUUCCCAAAGGACUGUCUGAGGCAACAAAGCAGCAGAUUCGUUAUCUCCUCCAGAUGAGAGCGACAUCAGACAAAUCCCUGAGACUUGUGCUUUCCACGUUCAAGAAUCUGCGGGAAGAGCUCUGCCAUUUGCAGGAUGACCUGGGGAAGCUGGAAACMGACAAUGUCUUGCUGAGGAAGGAUUUGGCUUUUAAGGAUUGUCAGGUGAAAGAAUAUGAAACAAUGUUGGCUUCUCUGAGRGAGAACAACCGUCAGCAGCAGCAAGGGCUCAGGGACAGCACUGCCAGAUGCCGCUCCCUGGAGGAACAGCUCAUGUCCCUGCGGCUCAGCGAGGGUGACAAGGAGUGUCAGCUGAAGGAGCUGGAGUACGGCAAGAGAGCCCUGGAGCAGGAGAUCCAGAGCCUCAAGCUGCAGAGCUGCUCCAGCCCAACCCUGCAGACCACGACGGACGAGCUCUCGAGCCGCUACGUGGAGAUGAUCAACAACCUGCGGGAGGACAAGGACMGGGAGAUCCGCAGCCUCAGGUCACAGCUGUGCCAGUUCCAGCAGGACAUAACCAGGAGAGAAGGAAGCAACAGUGACUUGCAGAUGAGGCUGCACGAGCUGACAUCGCUGCUGGAGGACAAAGAGGCUUGUAUUAAACAACAGCAAGAGGAGCUCUUCAGACUGAAACAUGAGAAAUUAUCCAGUAGUCAGUCCCCUGGGAUGACAGCCAUCAUCACUAAAAAGUACAGGAAUCAGUAUCCUAUUCUGGGUCUCCUGUCUGAUGACUACAAGGUGACAUCACCUGUCAAUAAAUCCCAAACGAUUGUAAUCGAGAGGACUGGAGAGAUCUGGAAACACGUGAGUUUACCUGGAGAGGGACUGUUCCCUCUGCAAUCCCUAAGUGUUCAAUUUAACUUCAAAGUUUCCCAAACUGAGAGCUCAGAGAUGCCCUCGUGGUGAUUUAACUCACUGCAA